AAAAUCUCAGACUCUUACUGUGUCUCCGUCUCCGACUUCGAGACCCCCGAAAACAAUGGCCUUUUCAGCUUCACUCUCCUCCCCACUUGGCUUCCACACCCACCACCCAAACCCACCAGCAUUCUCUCCAAAAGCCCCUCCAAAGCUCACCACAACUACUACAAUUAGACCCAUCACCACCACAUUCGCCAUCCCUCCUCUUUCCUCCGCCACCGCCCCAACCUUCGACGGCACAACUCUCGCCGUCAUCGGAGGCAGCUCAGUCGCCGCCCUCGCAGCCGUACUCUCCCUCACAGACCCCGAGAGACGGCGGCGCAUCCAGGCAGUGGAGGUAGGCGGAGACGACAAGGAGGUGGUGAGGGAGUACUUCAACAACUCUGGGUUCCAGAGGUGGAAGAAGAUUUACGGUGAGACUGACGAUGUGAACCGGGUUCAGAAAGAUAUUAGGCUUGGCCAUUCGAAAACAGUCGAGAAUGCCAUUACUAUGUUGACUGAUGACGGUUCGCUUCGUGGGGUUACUGUUUGUGACGCUGGUUGUGGAACUGGGUCUCUGUCUAUUCCGCUCGCUAAGGAGGGGGCCAUUGUCACUGCCACCGAUAUUUCCGCUGCUAUGGUUGCUGAAGCUCAGAAACAGGCAGAGGAACAGCUUCUAGCAGGCAAGGAUGACCUCUCGCCAGCACCAGUGAUGCCGAAAUUUGAAGUGAAGGAUUUGGAGAGCUUAGAUGGGAAAUAUCACACGGUGGUUUGCCUAGAUGUUUUAAUUCAUUACCCUCAGAGUAAGGCAGAUGGAAUGAUUGCACACCUUGCUUCCUUGGCAGAGAAUCGAUUAAUUCUGAGCUUCGCACCAAAAACAUUUUAUUAUGAUAUAUUGAAGAGAAUAGGAGAGUUGUUCCCAGGGCCUUCAAAGGCAACAAGGGCAUAUCUCCAUUCAGAGGCAGAUGUGGAGAGGGCAUUGCAAAAGGUAGGGUGGAAGAUAAACAAGAGAGGCCUCAUCACUACGCAAUUUUACUUUGCAAAGCUUGUUGAGGCUGUUCCCGCAUAAUGAUGAAGAGAGGUUAGAAAUAAGUUUUGCCUUAAUCUUGUUGUUCUGUUUAUAAGAAGGUCAGGAAAUUCCUCCAAGUUGAAUGUAAAGCGUGAUUUUUUCCAUGUGUGUUGUUCUCUGCAUGUACUAAUGGAUUCCAAAUUGUAUAGCAGAUAUCAAUUUAUAAAACAUUUUAUGCAUUUUGACAAA